ACAAGGAAGUUUCACAGAUUUUUAUAAUUUGCACAAGUUUGUUUGUAAUUUUAAGAGCCAUUGAUUAGGGCAUCGUCGAUUUAUUUCCGCGAGUUAGAAAAAGAAUAUCUUCUAGAAACAACUAUGUUAUACCACAGCAUACCACUCCUUCAAACACGUUGCCAUGUAUUAGUAAAUAACAUCUUUCCACGCGUUGGAAAAACAUCUGCCGGAAGUGGAUUUUCUAGCUAUAAAUACGGAUAACUGUUGGAGCAUUGCCAUAGUCGAAUAGGACAGCAAGAUGAAACAAGUGAUCAGUCUAGUGCUAUUCGGAUUGUUCUGCGGCAGCGCAGUGCUGACUGACGCUAGCGAUCAGAACAAACCGGACGGAGCGUCCCAAUCUGGCCGCAUAGUCAAUGGAAAAGCAGUGAGCAUUGUAAAAUAUAAGUAUGCCCUGAGUUUGCGAGUUAACGGUGUAUUCGAGUGCGGAGCCACUAUCAUCACUCAUAAGCAUGCCUUGACUGCUGCUCAUUGUGUGUAUCCUCAACGAUUCGAACCAAUGCGAGUCUCUUUGUAUGGCGGUAGCACAUCAGCAGUCACUGGUGGCGUCCUGUUUUCGGUGGUCCGUAUCGCAGUUCAUCCUGGGUACGAUCAUAGUUAUUUCCCUGAUGCGUCUGAGUACGAUGUGGCUGUCUUAACUGUAGCAAAUAAUGCCUUCAGUGGAAAGCCAAACAUGGCUUCGUUAAUACUGCAAACUUCUGAACAGCCGAUCGGUACUAGAUGCUUUGUGGCUGGAUGGGGCCGCACAGGUAAUAAUGAACCAGCGUCUUUAAAUCAAUUGCGUUAUGCCGAAAUGACCAUUGUGGAUCAGAGCACUUGUGCAAGAGCUUGGGCAACAUACCCAAGACAGCGUGUUACAUCCAAUAUGAUCUGUGCCAAGUACGGAAAUGGCGUGGACACGUGCAAGGGUGACAGCGGUGGUGCAUUGGUGUGCGGAGGUGGAUUGGCUGGAGUUGUGUCGUUUACUAAUCUUGAAUGUACUAGCGCAUGGCCAGCAGGAUUUUCAAAAAUUUCUGCACCAAGUAUUCGUAGGUUUAUUAGUACCGAGGCUGGCAUUUAGAGAAUGGGUAUAUAUUUUCUUUAUUUGUUUAAUGAAAUUAUUCGUAUGUCACCAGUAAUAAACGGACAAGUAGUGUUUUGAUGGAUAUGACGGAAUUGAGGAGUUUAUUUAUUUUUAACGAUAUUGGGAAGGGGGAGAGGAAUUUAUCUAAGUUUAGUGCAUAUGCAUUUUUUUGUAACACUGCUUUUAUAAGACUACACAAAUUGAGCUAAAAUACUUAGGCUAUCUGCUACGUUGAAUUCCCACUUUAUUUCCUACCCUAAUUCCUCAUAUUCCUACACUGCACAUGUAUUGCCAGGUCGUUUCAAAUUUGUAACAGUUCAGUUACAGGUACAGUUCCAGGAACGGAAUAAAAUCGGCAGCUAUUACAAGACCUGUGUGGAUUUCAUCAUGAUCAGUUACAUGACCAGUAUGGGAUCAUGUUUGGUUCAAGGAUCCGUAUGGGUCCAUCAUUAGUUCCAGGACUGGUAUAGGUUCAUGAUUGAUUGCAGGACCGGUACGGGUUCAUGAUUGAUUCCAGGAUCGGUAUAGGAUCAGUUUAAGCUCCAGGAUCGGUAUGAGGUCAUGAUCGGUUCUAGAACCAGUGUGUGUUUAUGAUCAGUUCUAGGACUGGUAUUGGUUCUGUAUCGGUUCCUGAAUCGGUAUAGGUCUAGCAUCGGUCCCGGUGGACGGUAUAAGUUCAAUAUCACGUUCAGAACUGAUAAGACAAAGCGGACACAUCCUCUCAUGUUAAUGGUGAUGAUAGAAUGGUAUGCCAUCGGCUCUGCAUUCGGACUUGGGCCGGCCCGUGGACGCCGUCUGUUCGCAGACUAUGAGACCCAUUAGAAGUUGGUAGUCUCUUUUCCUUGAAAAAAGGACACACAGUUUGCGAACAUUUGCCGAUAUGGCCGAUUUGCUAAAAAAAUGUGUUAUCGUUAUUAGUCUUUAGCGUUGUCAAAAUGCAGCAUUUGUUCUUCGUGUGUCGAUAUUUUGAGGCGAUAUACGAGGAUUAAAGAACGGUCCAGACAGUCUCAUAGUUAGCAUAUAUGAGGGAUAUUGC